UCGGCCUUUGAUACCAAUAGAAGGACAAGUUGUGAACUCGUUCGAAAAAUUGCUAAUUAUAUCAAUCUCUACAUGAAACAAGUAAAUGUAUAUCUACAUUUAUGUGAUACAUGACCAGUCUGUAAGACGUACACGCCAAUUAAAAAAAAAUCACUCUUCAGAAUGGAUACGGGUGAAAAAACUUACACAUGUGAUGUCUGUGGUAUAGAUGUCAGUAACUUCAGAUCUCAUACGAUACAUACAAGGACCCAUACUGCUGAUAAACCUUACACAUGUGAUGUGUGUGUUAAAGGAUUUAGUGACAAAAAAGGCUUCCUUCAACACAUGAUUAUUCAUAGUGUUGAUAAACAGGAUAAACCUUAUAAAUGUGAUGUGUGUGGUAAAAGUUUUAGGUUCGAUAAAACCUUAACAAAACACACACAAACUCAUACUGGUAAUAAGCUUUAUACAUGUGAUGUAUGUGGUCAAGGGUUUACUAACUCCAGAAACUGUACAAAACAUAAAAGAAAUCAUACUGAUGAAAAACGUAACACAACAUGUGAAUUAUGUGGUCAAAGGUUUAAUCACAAAAGUAACUUGAUAAGACACAUGAGAAUUCACACAGGUGAUAAGCGUGAAAAACCUUACACAUGUGAUUUUUGUGGUAAAGGAUUUGGUUACUAUAAAUCAUAUAAGAAACAUACAAAAACUCAUACUAGUGUAAAACCUUUCAUAUGUGAUGUAUGUGGUAAAGGGUUCAAUAUCUGCAGUUCCUUAACGGCACACACAAGAAUGCAUACCGGUGAAAAACCUUACACAUGUGAUGUUUGUGGUAAACAUUUUGGUAGAAAAAGUGACUGCAAUAAACACAUGACAAUUCAUACUGGUUAUAAAUAUAAUAAACGUUACACAUGUGAUAUAUGUGGUAGAGAAUUUGACAACAACAGUGAUUUCCACAAACACAUGCGAACUCAUACUGGUGACGAAUUUUACAAAUGUGAUGUAUGUGAAAAAGGGUUUAGUGACAUCACUUCCCAUAAUAGACACAUGAAAACUCAUACUGAUGAAAAUCUGAAUACCAGAGAAGCGUGUGAUAAAGGAUUAAGCGACAAAUGUAACUUUGAUACACACACGAAAAUUCAAACUUGUGAUAAACCUUACCAAUGCGAUGUGUGUGGUAAAGAGUUUGGCAACAAUAGUUCUUUUCUUAGACACAUGAGAACUCAUACAGGAGAUAAGCCUUACAAAUGCGAUGUAUGUGGUAAGGAGUUUGGCAAGAACAGUUCAUGUCUUAGACACAUGAGAACUCAUACUGGUGAGCAACACAGACCUUACAUUUGUGAUGCAUGUGGUAAAGGGUUUAAAUCAAAUCAGGAUUUAAUCACACACAUUAGAAUACAUACAGGUGAAACACCUUACAAAUGUGAUGUAUGUGGUAAAGGUUUUAGAAGUAUCAGAUCCCUUCAUAUACACAUGAUAACUCAUACAGAUGAAAAACCUUACACAUGUGAUGUAUGUGGAAAAGGGUUUAGGGACAAGAGCACCGUCCGUAUACACAUGAAAACUCAAAGUUGUACUCAUAAUACUCUAACAAAUGAGAAACCUUAUAAAUGUAGUGUUUGUGGGAAAGAGUUUAGCCUCAAUAGUACCUGUCUUUUACACAUGAAACUGACUCAUGCAGGUGAAUAUCUUACCAAUGCUGUGUAUGUGGUAGACAGUUUAGAGACACCAGACACUAUAAUAAACACAUGAUAACACAUACUAGUGAAAACCUCGCACAUGUGAUGUAUGUGGUAAACAGUUUAGUGACACCAGACUUCUAUGAUAGACACAUGUGAACUCAUACUUGUAAAAACCUUGCAUACGUGUUGUAUGUGGUAGACAAUUAAG